AUGGAUAAUAUAGAAGGAAUGUUAAGAUUAUUGAUGAACAAUCCGCAUAAUUUAACUGUUUUUAAAUAUCCAAAUGAUACUAUCCAAAGAUUCAAUAUUGAAUCAAUUACACCAAUAGCGCAAAAGUUUCAAAGAAAAGCUGCUGCUUCGAUCAUUCGCAGUUUUAGUGCUGAUUCAAUGAUGCAAACCAAUCAGCAAUUUAUGCGGCAUUCAGAGAAGGGCUUAAAAAGUUCGCGAAAUAUCAAACCACAGACAAGUUCAUCAUCCAUUGCCGCACCUUAUGUUUUCAUCGUUGGCCCAGUAAGAGUUCAAACAAUACAAAAAAUUGAUGGACGACCAAUGGAUAAAUUGUUUAUUGAUGAAAUAUUAGAGCUGUAUAGUUCAGGCGUAAAAUAUCCGAGCAAAGAAUUGAUUAGUAUAAAGCCUAAAAUCCUAAAGUCUCUUCCUUCAACUACAAAAAGUAUCCCAAUAACGGUACAGGCCGUUCGAGUUGGCAGUGAUUAUGUAAGAAUUGAUCGAAAAAUCGAAAUAGAUCGAUCGAAAAUCAAAUUACCUGCUGUAAAUACCAAAGAAGUAGUGAAAUUUGGUGGCGUUGAAUUGGACCAAGAAAAUCAAGAAAUUAAACCAAGGCGAAAGUCAAAAUCGGAAGCUAGCUUUCUUAGAGCACCUGUCUUCAAUUUGAUCGGAUCAUUGGUAAUUACAGCAUUCCAAAAUACAGUGCAUGAUACUAGCGGUAGUUACAAAAUUUACGAAGAGAUUGAGCUCCGUGCCGAUGGAAGUACGGCAAAACCUGAAAUUGCGGUUAUACCAUUUCUUCGGAAUGUAUCAGUGUUACCGAAGAAUCAGAAGGAGCAAAUACCAGUCAGAUAUCACGAAGACAUCCUUGUAGGCUGUAAUGUGAUGCUUAUCAAACGUUUAAUUGAAAUUAAACCUUCCUUCAAGAAGCAGCUACAUGAUUUUUCAUUAAGCGAGGAACGGAAUUAUAUCACCGACAAAACUAUUUGUACUCCGAGCAGUAUCAGCGAAUCCGUAGCUUCAAAUGUCCUAGGAAAGCCAAAAAUGUUGGUGCUACAAGAGCCACCUAUUAGGACAGAUUUUACGAUAUCGAGUAGCAGUUCAGCUGAACAGGGAUUCCUUUACCCAGUCGAAUCGAUUUCUAAAAGAGAUCAAAGUGACAAAAGAGAAGAAAGUUUAAGAACAGCUCUCAGUUCCUCCGAGAUAAUUAAUGAAGGUCGUGGCAUUGUAAAAACAUUUGACAAAUUCCAGAUUAUUCGACGUCCGGUUUUGAAUAAUGGGUAUAAUUUAAUCUCUAAAUGA